AUGGCAACAACUCCCAGCAUGUCGGAGACUAGCCCGCAAUUUGAGAGCCUAUACAACGAAAUGUCCACCUUUGUGGACACUUGCAUGUCGGGCCAUGACCCUUCCCACAACCCGCCCCAUGUUCACCGAGUGGUCAAACUGGCCGUCAAAAUUCUUGAUGCAGAACGCCAGCUAGACCCAGAAGUACAGUACUCCGGCGCAGUGGUGAAACUUGCUGCUCUGCUCCAUGAUAUCGGAGAUCGAAAGUAUUUGCCAAACAUGUCAACGGACACAGCCAAGGGAGCGUCGUUGGAUCCGAAGACAAUGGUCGAACAUGCGCUAUUGCAGCGUGGCGCACCCGCAGACCUAGCUUCUAGAGUGCAGACCAUCGUCUCACAUGUAUCUUAUUCCACAGAAUGCAAGGAUCCCUCUGUGAUCAGGCGCCUGAUCGAUCAGGGGUUGGUGGAGCUGGCCAUCGUACAGGAUGCCGAUCGAUUGGACGCGAUAGGGGCCAUUGGCAUCGGGCGAUGUUUUACUUUUUUGGGUGCGCAGGGAAGGAAAUUUGCUGGAGAAGGGGGCUGGAUCAUGGAUAAUGCGAUUGAGCAUUUCGGUGAUAAGUUGAUGAAGAUAGAGGGCAUGAUGAAGACAGCAACGGGCAGGAAGAUGGCUUGUGCGCGGACAGAGAGAUUGAGGGUCUUUGAGGAAUGGUGGACAGAGGAGAUGAAGGAUUCAUCUUAA